CGGUUUCUGUCUCGUCCGGACCCGGCCUGCUUCAUGUCGUAUCGUUCGUCCCUUCGCAACCGCAGAGUCCAUGCAUCAGACGCAACAGUCGCUACGAUACGCCUACCAACCACCCUAACAGCCUUUUGCUCGUCUUCCGCCAACCGACGAAUCCCAUUAGCUCAAAAUCAUCGCCAAUAUCAGCCGUUGUGCCAUCCACACGAACCGAUCCCCCCCGAAAGUGGACGCGCACGCUGAACAGCUAACUCCUCGAACUUCGACGUCGCAGCCACCUCCUCGCUCGUCGUGCCCUCUGCGGAGGUCGACGGGCGUGGAUUGUCCGAAUCCACCAUGAAUAUUUACACCGAGCCGCCCGAGUUGCGCAAGUUCUCGCAGGACAAGCCCUCUCUGCUUGUUUGCUGGUGGAUCACGUCGUUCUGCACUGUCAUCAUCCUGUUGCGGGUCGCCGGCCGCUUCAUCCGCACCGAGAAACUGUUCCAAGAGGACAAAGUCGCUGCACUCGCUCUGAUACCGCUAUGGCUUCGAAUGGUUUGCGUGCAUUUCGUCCUGCUCUAUGGAACCAACAAUGCCCAAUUCGACAGUAUCACCCUGUCCAGCGAAGAGGUGCGUAGGAAGACAAUCGCAAGCUGUCUCGUGCUUGUUAGCCGCAUCUUUUACGCAGCGACAUUGUGGAUUUUAAAGAACACUAUUUUAGAGUUCUUUAAGCGUCUGACUGGCGUCACUUGGGCACGUUCUUACGAACAGACGCUCGUUUUCAUCAGAUGUACCUUGGUCGCAACGUUUAUCGCCAUCAUUAUUAGCGACCUGGUGGAAUGCCAGCCAUUUAACCAUUACUGGCAGGUCACCCCCGACCCGGGAGGCCAGUGCCGCCAAGGUUUUGCGCAACUCAUUACUAUGGCGGCCUGCAACAUCCUCACCGAUUUACUCCUCGUCUUUUUCCCGAUUCCGAUCAUCUUGCGCAGCCAGAUGAACAUCAAGAGAAAAGUCCAACUCACGUUGCUCUUCUCUCUCAGCUUAGCCGUGAUCGGCGUCACGAUCUACCGCGUUCCUCACGUCAUCGAGGAGCACGGCAAGCAACAACUGCGAUCGGUGUUGGCAUCAGUCGAGCUUUUGUUUGCGACCACGGCGGCCAACGCGCUGGUUCUUGGUUCGUUCGUACGAGACCGAGGCCUCAAGAAGCAGAAAUUCAAAUACGGCUCCGUCGGUGCAGACUCUGUGGAUCGAGGUUCCGUAUUCCGCCGGCCGACGCUUCACCGACACUGGGGAAGUGACGAGGAUCUUGUGCGUGACGUUGGUCUAGGGGUCGACGCCGAUCUACGAGAAGGGGCCGGGGAAGACGAUCCUGAUGUUGAACAGCUUCAUUACACCCCUGCGCCAGUUGCCAGGCCAUUCGGCGAGGAGCUGAGGCAGUGGCAAUUCCCACAGCGGCAAAGGAGCAACGCCGAACGUAGCGAUGCGUCGCUUAUACUCCACGACCUCUCUUCUUCGAGAAGCAAUUCCACCACGACGCCGCGGAAGGUCUCCUUCUUCGAUGUGGGGGGCCUGCUAUCGGAAGACCAAGCCGGAGUAGGAACAGCUUUCCGCAGGGACAGCAUUGUCUCGAGCGUGGAUCCGAUGUCGGUCGAUGGCCACAGCAUACCCUCGCCGACGAUGCCCGCUCCAUCCAACGGCUUACGGCGCGGCUCGACAGCGCUCCUCCAAGACCUUGGUGGUCUCUUGGGCCCUCUCAACACGAGAAGUCCAUAUCCGAGAUCCAGGACAGGCACCGAGCUACAACCGAUCCCGCAGUCGCAGUACGACGAUCAUCCUUCGUACAACCCUCGACCCGGCGAGCCUACUCUGAGUGACCCGGGCGGCCUCUUGAAGUAGCUAUAAAAUAACUAUAGGGUGCGUUUCCGAGCAAGUUGCCAUGCUCUCGCCACCAGGUUCAACUUGCCGCACCCAUAAAUCGGCAACCACAUAUUACGAGAUAUCAUGUGUCU